AUGGUUCGAAAUGGAGCACCGGAAGUUCAGCACGUGUGUCGUAAAAAAGUUCCAUCACAGCCAAUACUUGCUACAUAUACACAGGGAAACAAUACGCUUUAUUAUGCUGUUACAACUACUAAAACAACAACAAGCACAGCAACAAAUAAUGUACAGCAGCAACAACAGAAAUACUUACAAUCUACAACCAUAACAGCAGCAGCGGCAGCAGCAGCAGCACCAGCAUUUAAUCCAUAUAAUCCCUAUGAUCCCGCAUUUUCGUCUUUAGAAAACGAAAGCAUAGCUGCAGCGACCAUUGCAGCCAUAAAUUCCACAACAAACCCAGCAACUGUAAAUGCUGAUUCAACCGCACAAACUGAUUUUGACAAUGGCGAUGACAUGAGAAGCACUAUUACCUAUAAAACAUAUUCACCACCGCCGCCAUGCCCUUGGAAAUGUGAACUAACAAAUGAUCGUGGUUAUGUGGUCUACUCUGCACUCGGCUCCUUUUACAUACCGAUGUUUGUGAUGCUCUACUUCUACUGGCGCAUUUACAGAGCCGCUGUGAGGACUACCCGCGCUAUCAAUCAAGGCUUUAAGACCACAAAAGGCAGCGGCAGCGAGUCUGGUAAUAAUCGCAUGGACGAUUCACGUCUUGUGUUGCGCAUACAUCGUGGUCGACCUUGCAGCACGCCACAGCGUACGCCACUCUCCGUACACUCAAUGUCCUCCACACUUAGUGUGAAUAGCAAUGGCGAUGAGGCAACAUUUCCACUGCAACACAACGCUUCCCAUUUCAAUACACCGAAACGUACUACUUCGAUGCGUGUCAAUCGACAGCGACAUGAAAAGAUUGCUAUUAAGGUAUCGUAUCCAUCAUCGGAGAACGUACUCGAAAUGCCCGCUUCAUUACCGACAUCACCACCGCCUUGUGCCAUGGUCACCACUGCCAGCAUUAAUCACAACAAAACACCAUUGCAUUAUAAUAGACGCGCUUCAUUCAAAUCAAGUCUUCUUGAAAUCGGCGAAACAACGUUCAACGUAGAUGCGGCUAAUGUGCACAACCAGCGCGAUAUAGACAUUACUGAUCCAAAGAUUGCUAAUGGAUCAAAUAUUUUAGCUAGUUCUGACUAUUUUAGUCAGUUUACAAGACUAUUUCUCGAAAUGAAGUUGUUUCCAAAUUGA